AUGGCCCGGGGCGUCCACGCGGGGGCGGUCUCCGUGGUGGCCGUGCCUGGGGGCGCGGUAGGCCGAGAACUCCCCCGGGAGAGGUGGUGUGGGUGGAGCGGGCUCGGCGGCCACCCGACAUGGGGCCAGUCUGGGUGCCCCGCAGGCCCCCGAGGGCUCAGAGUUGGGGCGGCGCCUCGGGCGGAGGCACAGGACCAGCCUGGGGGGUACCCCCGGAGGACAGGGGCUCCCCGGAGCCACCCAGUGGCGAUGUGUGGGUGCCUCGGGGCCGACCCCCUGCGGCAGCCGCAGAGGUGUGGGUUUGCUGGGCGGGAGGCAAUUGGGUGUGGCGUGAAUGGGGUCGCCCGGUUGGGGCAACUGCUGCGCAGCCAGAUAGGGUUUGGACUUUGCGGAAAGGGACAGAGGGGAAUUGAAGAGCAGAGCUGGGGACUGGGAGGGACGGAAGGGCAGGGGGUGAGCAAAGGGGCUGGACCCUGGCUGCUGUGGCCUCCCCUGACCCCCUCCCCCCGCUGCUGGGGUCCUCGGGCAAGCCCCCUUCUCCCUGGACUGGUAAGUGUGGCCGCGGAGCCUGGGGGAGGGGGCGGUGACACGGGACAAGGGGAUCCCCAGGGGCAGGCAAGGUACGGUGGGGUGGAAUCCUCCUGGUACUUGCCCGUAUUCCAUGCCCUCCCGUUCCUCUCCCCCGGUUGGUUGGUCGGGGUCUGUCCCCGCAGAAACAUGAGGCUGAGCUGGGUCCUGACAGUAUUGUCCAUCUGCCUGAGCGCCCUGGUCACGGCCGCCGGGGCCGAGGGCAAACGGAAGCUGCAGAUCGGAGUCAAGAAACGGGUAGACCACUGUCCCAUCAAAUCACGCAAAGGGGACGUCCUGCACAUGCACUACACGGGUAAGCUGGAAGAUGGAACAGAGUUUGACAGCAGCCUGCCCCAGAACCAGCCCUUUGUCUUCUCCCUGGGCACGGGCCAGGUCAUCAAGGGCUGGGACCAGGGGCUGCUAGGGAUGUGUGAGGGGGAAAAGCGGAAGCUGGUGAUCCCAUCAGAGCUAGGGUACGGAGAGCGGGGAGCUCCCCCAAAGAUUCCAGGCGGUGCAACCUUGGUGUUCGAGGUGGAGCUGCUCAAAAUCGAGCGACGUUCAGAACUGUAGCCAAACUGGGGAGGGCUGGGGGAGAGGCCCCCAUCUGGGACCAGACUGUUUAAAGAAAGAAAAAAAACUUUAAAGCCCA